GCCGUGUGGAGAGGAAACUAGGUCGAGUACUUUAUCAUGGCGUCUGGUUGGGGAAAUUUUUCUUCUUUUCAAGUUAAUAAACCAUCACUUUCCUCUUCCAUAACAUCUUCUACAAGUACGACAACAUUAGGAGGAGUUCAUAAUGGAAAUGGGAGUGAAAAUUUGAAUCUAAAAGAUGAACAGUUACCAGAUGGGUUGAAUCAACUUGUCAUCCAGCUCAGGGACUAUAUAAAGAAACAAAAAGCAAUUAAAGAUGAAAUUGAGCGUCAGACCAUCAAAUCUUCAAUGAAAGUUCACGAUGAAACUGAUAAAUUAAGAAAGGAUGUUUCACUGGUUUCAAGUGUUAUUCAAAAAGAUGCAAGUGUUGUGGAAAGUAUUAAACAUGAAAUGAGUCAGGAGUUGAUCAACGCUGAAAUUGCUCAAUUAACGAGCACUACACCAGUUGCAUUUCAACAUGAAAAUCUUGCUCCACAAGAAUAUUUCAAGAGAUUAAUACAAUCAUUUGAAGAAAGAAUGUUCUUAUAUCGAAGACAGGUUGAAGAAGUUGAGAGUCAUCUAGCUUCUCUACAACAACCACAAACAAUCUCACCACAAGAAAUCUCUAUAAUGAUGAAAAAACUUCACAAAACAUUCAUAACUUUGGCAGCAAGAAUGCAUGCGACACAUGAAGUCGUAAAGGCUGAGAAAGAGCGAUACAUUGCUUAUCGUAAACGAGUAUUUGGUGACACGUCCGACAUUUUCCAACAAAAUGAUCUUAUUUCUAUACCACAAUCAUAUCUUUUGAAUGAUUUAUCGUUACGAUCGAACAUAGGACCUUCUCCUUUUGCUCACUGUAGCAGUUCAAAUAAAUCUUUAUUGGCCACUCCACUGCAAGCUGGAGUAUCGGUGCCUGGAAUGUCCAGCGGUUUUGGUUUAGGAAAUACGUCUUCCUUAAAUGGAAACACCUCAGCAUUUGGUGGUCUUUCUUUUGGUGCAAGCAAUCAAACACCAUUUGGUAAAACAACGACAGGCUUCGCUGCAACUGCCGGUGGUCUUGGUUCAUCUGGAUUUGGCACUUCAUCGACCUUUGGCUCUACGUCAGGUUUUGGUUUGACAAAUUCUGCACUUGGAAAGAGCAUCGGAUCUAGCGGUUUGGGGGGGUUGGGCACGAAUACUAUGACAGCAAACACUUUAAAUACAGGAUUUGGAAAUACGACAAAUUCUUUUCAAUUAAACAAACCUCCUCUAAGUAGUAAACGUGGUAAAAAAUAAAUUAAAAUAUUUAUUCUAUGGAUUAAAAUAAAGUCUUUUCUUACUAACCAUUCUUUUA